UUCAGUCUUUUCUCAGUUACAGAGCAGUGUGGUGUAACUGAAUGCUGCACUAGUAUUCUGCUGCACUGGGGACGGAGGACGGGACCGAACAAUAAGACAGUACCGAUACGAAAUAUACUUGGGGAAAAUGGCAACCAGAAAUAACACGGUCGAAAUCACAGAAUUUAUCAUCACUGGUUUCAAUGACCUUGAGCAUCCAAAGGCAGUGGGAAUUGCAAUUCUGAUUAUCUAUUCACUUAUUUUACUAGGCAGCUCCACCAAUAUAUGUAUUAUUGCAUCAGACAAACGUCUUCACACACCAAUGUACUUUUUCAUUUGCAAUCUAGCCAUUGUAGAUAUGAUGUACACCACCAGUACAAGUGUGACAAUGUUGACAGUCCUUCUAGUGGGAGUGAAAACAGUAUCUUACAAGACCUGUGCUGCUCAGAUGUUUGUGUAUCACUUGGGGGGUUUCAUGGAACUCUUUGCUAUUAGUUUGAUGGCCUUUGAUCGAUUGGUUGCAAUUUCCAAUCCUUUAAGAUACCACACCAUCAUUACAACCAAUCGUAUACUGUUACUAACUUUAUCUGCAUGGAUAAUAACCAGUUCUUACAUGGGCCUUAUCACUAGAAUUACUGAUGGACUUCCCUACUGUCGCCCUGUUAUUAAAUACACUUUUUGUGAUUAUCCUGGUUUGGUUAGAGCUGCCUGUGUUAAUCCUGAUGAUUACUUUGUGUUAACUACCAUUGUGGCAUUUUUUGUAAUUUUUGUAAACUUUGGUUUUAUUGUUUUAUCCUACUUAAGGAUAAUCUGGGUAGUGUUUAAAAUGUCCUUGGAUGGUAAAAAACAAGCAUUCAGCACUUGCUUCAGUCACUUGAUUGUAGUUGCUUGUUAUUUUGUUCCCAGAUUUGUAUCCAUUAUUCUAACAAGAGUUGGUCUUGUAUUAACACUGCCUGAACGCAAUGGAUUAGCCAUUGCUGCUUCAUUGGGCCCUUCACUUGUAAAUCCUCUGAUAUAUUGUCUUCGGACAAAGGAAAUAAGAAUCAGAGUGCUCAGAAUAUUCAAGAGCAGUGUUGGGCUAUCUGAUAAGUAA